CAUGGCUGGGCUGUAGCCGGCGCGGCGCGCGGUGCGGCCUGGGAGAGUCGGAAGCGCGGCGGCCGCGGAGCCCUGCGAGUAGGCAGCGUUGGGCCCAUGCAGGACGCGGAGAACGUGGCGGUGCCCGAGGCGGCCGAGGAGCGCGCCGAGCCCGGCCAGCAGCAGCCGGCCGCCGAGCCGCCGCCAGCCGAGGGGCUGCUGCGGCCCGCGGGGCCCGGCGCUCCGGAGGCCGCGGGGACCGAGGCCUCCAGUGAGGAGGUGGGGGUCGCGGAGGCCGGGCCGGAGCCCGAGGUGAGGACCGAGCCAGCGGCCGAGGCAGAGGCAGCCUCCGGCCCGUCCGAGUCGCCCUCGCCGCCGGCCGCCGAGGAGCCGCCCGGGUCGCAUGUUGAGCCCCCUGUCCCGGCACAGGGCGAGGCCCCAGGAGAGCAGACUCGGAACGAGCGCUCCGACAGCCGGGCCCAGGCGGUGUCCGAGGACGCGGGAGGAAACGAGGGCAGAGCGGCCGAGGCCGAACCCCGGGCGCUGGAGAACGGCGACGCGGACGAGCCCUCCUUCAGCGACCCCGAGGACUUCGUGGACGACGUGAGCGAGGAAGAAUUACUGGGAGAUGUACUCAAAGAUCGGCCCCAGGAAGCAGAUGGAAUCGAUUCGGUGAUUGUAGUGGACAAUGUCCCUCAGGUGGGACCCGACCGACUUGAGAAACUCAAAAAUGUCAUCCACAAGAUCUUUUCCAAGUUUGGGAAAAUCACAAAUGAUUUUUAUCCUGAAGAGGAUGGGAAGACAAAAGGGUAUAUUUUCCUGGAGUACGCGUCCCCUGCCCACGCUGUGGAUGCCGUGAAGAACGCUGACGGCUACAAGCUUGACAAGCAGCACACAUUCCGGGUCAACCUCUUCACGGAUUUUGACAAGUAUAUGACCAUCAGUGACGAGUGGGAUAUUCCAGAGAAACAGCCUUUCAAAGACCUGGGGAACUUACGUUACUGGCUUGAAGAGGCAGAAUGCAGAGAUCAGUACAGUGUGAUUUUUGAGAGUGGAGACCGCACUUCCAUAUUCUGGAAUGACGUAAAAGACCCUGUCUCAAUUGAAGAAAGAGCGAGAUGGACAGAGACGUAUGUGCGUUGGUCUCCUAAGGGCACCUACCUGGCUACCUUUCAUCAAAGAGGCAUUGCUCUAUGGGGGGGAGAGAAAUUCAAGCAAAUUCAGAGAUUCAGCCACCAAGGGGUUCAGCUUAUUGACUUCUCACCUUGUGAAAGGUACCUGGUGACCUUUAGCCCCCUGAUGGACACGCAGGAUGACCCUCAGGCCAUAAUCAUCUGGGACAUCCUUACGGGGCACAAGAAGAGGGGUUUUCACUGUGAGAGCUCAGCCCAUUGGCCUAUUUUUAAGUGGAGCCAUGAUGGCAAAUUCUUUGCCAGAAUGACCCUGGAUACGCUUAGCAUCUAUGAAACUCCUUCUAUGGGUCUUUUGGACAAGAAGAGUUUGAAGAUCUCUGGGAUAAAAGACUUUUCUUGGUCUCCUGGUGGUAACAUAAUCGCCUUCUGGGUGCCUGAAGACAAAGAUAUUCCAGCCAGGGUAACCCUGAUGCAGCUCCCUACCAGGCAAGAGAUCCGAGUGAGGAACCUGUUCAAUGUGGUGGACUGCAAGCUCCAUUGGCAGAAGAACGGAGACUACUUGUGUGUGAAAGUAGAUAGGACUCCGAAAGGCACCCAGGGUGUUGUCACAAAUUUUGAAAUUUUCCGAAUGAGGGAGAAACAGGUACCUGUGGAUGUGGUCGAAAUGAAAGAAACCAUCAUAGCCUUUGCCUGGGAACCAAAUGGAAGUAAGUUUGCUGUGCUGCACGGAGAGGCUCCGCGGAUAUCUGUGUCUUUCUACCACGUCAAAAACAACGGGAAGAUUGAACUCAUCAAGAUGUUCGACAAGCAGCAGGCGAACACCAUCUUCUGGAGCCCCCAAGGACAGUUCGUGGUGUUGGCGGGCCUGAGGAGUAUGAACGGUGCCUUAGCGUUUGUGGACACUUCGGACUGCACGGUCAUGAACAUCGCAGAGCACUACAUGGCUUCCGACGUCGAAUGGGAUCCUACUGGGCGCUACGUCGUCACCUCUGUGUCCUGGUGGAGCCAUAAGGUGGACAAUGCGUACUGGCUGUGGACUUUCCAGGGACGCCUCCUGCAGAAGAACAACAAGGACCGCUUCUGCCAGCUGCUGUGGCGGCCCCGGCCUCCCACACUCCUGAGCCAGGAACAGAUCAAGCAAAUUAAAAAGGAUCUGAAGAAAUACUCUAAGAUCUUUGAACAGAAGGAUCGUUUGAGUCAGUCCAAAGCCUCAAAGGAAUUGGUGGAGAGAAGGCGCACCAUGAUGGAAGAUUUCCGGAAGUACCGGAAAAUGGCCCAGGAGCUCUAUAUGGAGCAGAAAAACGAGCGCCUGGAGUUGCGAGGAGGGGUGGACACUGACGAGCUGGACAGCAACGUGGACGACUGGGAAGAGGAGACCAUUGAGUUCUUCGUCACUGAAGAAAUCAUCCCCCUCGGGAAUCAGGAGUGACCUGGAGCGCUGUGCCCCUGGUGUCUGCAGUGGGGGAUUUAAGGCACCCGCUUCCACUUCUUUCUCGUUUGGAGUUUUCUGUCGGAACCGCCGGCGUUGGCUCCGUAGACUUAGCGACGCCACUGGCGGCACCUUCUCCUGCGCCCAGUGAUGUUUCCACGGUGCCUGUACACAGCCGAGCAGCAUUUCCGUUGAAGGACUUGCAUCCCCAUUGCAGGCAGUGCUGGACGUGUCCCGGAGACCCACCGGGAGGGCGCCGCCAUGCCUCGUACCCCCACUGUGCAGGUUGUGGCCGGUUUUCUCCGCAGGUUGAACGUGGAAAUAAAAGCAAACUUGUAUGAAAAA